AUGUCCCAUAAGGUUGUUCAUGAGGCCAAUGGGGUCACCCCAAUCCCAACUCCAAAGGAAUUCUUUGAAAGACAACCAGAGCCUGGUUACAUUAAGGAUCUUGAUGAGUACAAACAAUUGUACAAGAAAUCAAUUGAAGAUCCGGAAGGAUUUUUUGGACCCUUGGCAAAGGAAUUGUUAUCCUGGGAUAAGGAUUUCUCAACUGUUAAGUACGGCUCAUUGACUAAUGGUGAUGCUGCUUGGUUUUUGGGUGGUCAAUUGAAUGCUUCUUUCAACUGUGUUGACAGAUGGGCAUUCUCAAAACCAAAUGAUAUUGCUAUUUAUUACGAAGCAGAUGAUGAAAAGGAAUCUUGCACUUUAACUUGGUCUCAAUUGUUGUCCGAAGUUUGUAAGGUUGCAGGUGUCUUGAAAUCUUGGGGUAUCACUAAGGGUGACACAGUUGCCAUUUACUUGCCCAUGAAUCAAUACGCUUUAAUUGCCAUGUUAGCUGUUGCCAGAUUGGGUGCUGUCCACUCUGUCAUUUUUGCUGGUUUCUCCUCUGGUUCGAUUAGAGAUAGAGUCAACGAUGCUUCUUGUAAGGCUAUCAUCACUUGCGAUGAAGGUAAGAGAGGUGGUAGAACUACCAACAUCAAGAAGUUGUGUGAUGUUGCUUUAGAUUCUUGUCCAACUGUGAAGCACAUCCUUGUCCACCAAAGAACUGGUAACCCAGACAUCAAAAUGAAGGCUGGUAGAGACUUUUACUGGCAUGAAGAAACCGCCAAGUUUGGUGGCUACUUUCCUCCCGUACCUGUUAAUUCUGAAGAUCCAUUAUUCCUUUUGUACACUUCAGGUUCCACUGGUACUCCCAAGGGUGUUGUCCACACCACUGCUGGUUAUUUGUUAGGUGCUGCUUUGACCACUAAAUACAUUUUUGACUUGCACCCUCAAGAUAUACUUUUCACUGCUGGUGAUGUUGGUUGGAUUACUGGUCACACUUAUGCUUUGUACGGUCCAUUGUUGUUGGGUGUUUCUACAAUUGUUUUUGAAGGUACUCCUGCUUACCCAGACUAUGGUAGAUUAUUCCAAAUCAUUGAAAAGCAUAAGGCAACUCACUUCUACAUUGCUCCAACUGCUUUGAGAUUAUUAAGAAAGGCUGGUGAAGAUCAAAUUGACAAGUAUGAUUUAAGUUCCUUAAGAACUUUGGGUUCUGUCGGUGAACCUAUUUCCCCAGAUAUUUGGGAAUGGUACAAUGAACGUAUUGGUAAGAAGCAAUGUCACAUUUCUGAUACUUAUUGGCAAACUGAAUCUGGAUCUCAUUUCAUUGCUCCAAUUGCUGGUGUCAUCCCUAACAAGCCAGGUUCUGCCUCUUACCCAUUCUUUGGUAUCAAAACAUGUUUAAUUGAUCCUGUUACUGGUGUUGAAAUUGAAGGUAACGAUGUUGAAGGUGUUUUGGCUAUCAAGGACUCAUGGCCUUCAAUGGCCAGAUCUGUCUGGAAUAACCACACCAAAUACAUGGAUACUUAUUUGAACCCAUACCCAGGUCACUACUUCACUGGUGAUGGUGCUGCCAGAGAUAACGAUGGUUAUUACUGGAUCAGAGGUAGAGUUGAUGAUGUUGUUAACGUUUCAGGCCACAGAUUGUCCACUGCUGAAAUUGAAGCUGCUUUAAUUGAACAUCAUGGUGUCUCCGAGGCUGCUGUUGUGGGUAUUACCGAUGAUUUGACUGGUCAAGCCGUUGUUGCCUUUGUUGCCUUGAAGGAUGAAUUUGCAGCUAUUGCAGACGGUAAAGAAAACUCUGAUGACGCUAAUGCCUUGAGAAAAGACUUGAUCAUGACUGUUAGAAAGGAAAUUGGUCCAUUUGCUUCUCCUAAGUCUGUCAUUAUUGUUGAAGAUUUGCCUAAAACUAGAUCUGGUAAGAUCAUGAGAAGAAUCUUGAGAAAGAUUUCUUCAAAUGAAGCCGAUCAAUUGGGUGAUAUCACCACCUUACAAAACCCAUCUUCUGUUGAAGGUAUCAUCGCCUCCUUUGGUAAUCAAUUUGGUAAAUAA